AUGUCCAACAUGAUCCCUGUAUUGCUGACAGGGCUCUGCUUCCUUUUUCUCAGGCCCACUUGUUGUAGUGGUAGCAGGAUUCUGGUUGUGCCAGUUGAUGGGAGCCACUGGAUCAACAUGGAGGUGAUCCUCAGAGAGUUGCACUCCAGAGGCCACAACAUCACUGUGCUACGCUCUGCCGAAAGCUGGUACAUACCGAGUAACUCUACGAUUUACACUUCUAUAAAUGUGCGCAUUCUGGAGGACGAGUCGGAUAAGAGUUUGUACAACAAAAUGAUACAAGAUGUUAUAGAAUGCCGCAGAUUGCCGACUUUCAUACGCGCCUUCUGCCAUCAGAACAUGAUGACAUCGAUGAUGGCAAAGGCUCAUGUAAUCCUUGCUAGAUCAGCUGCUAUCAUGUUAGAUGACCCUGUUUUUAUGAAGACGCUUCAAGAUGGCAAGUUUGACUUAAUGUUAACAGACCCCGCGCUGACUUUAGGGGUUAUUCUGGGUCGUUACCUCAAGCUACCGAUGGUUUUUAAUGUGCGCUGGAUUAAUACUGGGGAGGGCCAUCUCACCAUAGCUCCCUCUCCUCCGUCGUAUAUCCCCGUAUCAGGAAGUGAACUUCCUGAUCAGAUGGAUUUUCUGGAAAGGACCAAGAAUAUGUUACAUCAUAUCCAGAGUGUUGUUGAUCAACACUUUAUCGUUAACCCUGCUUACUCAGAUCUGCUCCAGCGGCACUUCCCUCCUGGUACUGACUUGCUGUCUUUGGAGUAUGCAGCUGAUAUCUGGCUGGUGAGGACAGAUUUUGUCUUUGAAUUCCCUCGGCCCACCAUGCCCAACGUGGUCUACAUAGGGGGGUUCCAGUGCAAAAAGGCCCGCCCCCUCCCUGUUGAGCUGGAGGCCUUCAUGCAGAGCUCUGGGGAGCAUGGGGUGGUGGUCAUGUCUCUGGGGACGCUGGUGUCAGCCCUGCCUCAUGACAUCACAGAGGCCAUCGCUGCUGCUUUUGCUCAGAUCCCUCAGAAGGUGAUAUGGAGGUUUAUGGGUGAGAAGCCUUCAUCCCUGGGAAACAACACCCUGCUGGUGGACUGGCUGCCUCAGAACGACCUCCUGGGACACCCCAAGACUCGUGUUUUCGUAGCCCAUGGAGGCACCAAUGGCAUGUAUGAGGCCAUUUACCACGGUGUUCCCAUUCUGGGCCUGCCCCUCCUCUUUGACCAGUUUGACAACCUAGUCCGGCUGGUGGUGCGCGGGGCAGCUCGAGUGAUAGAGGCCCAAUCACUCACCAAAGAAGACUUUCUGGAGGCCCUAAAGGAUCUCCUGGAGACUCCCACAUACCGUAAGAACAUACAACGUCUCUCACAGCUACACCGUGACCGGCUGAUGUCCCCUUUAGACACUGCAAUCUUUUGGAUUGAAUAUGUGAUCAGGAACAAAGGUGCAGCCCAUCUGCAGUCAGCAGGUUUCAGGCUGCCUUGGUACUCCUACUUCUGCCUGGAUGUGGCUGUUUUCAUUAUGGCCCUCAUUGGAGCAUUUGUAUGGGCUUCAGUCUUAGUCUGUAGGUUUCUCUGCUGCAGAAGGUCAAAGAGAAAGAUGAAAGCGCAGUAA